AUUGAACUGACUCUGAGAUCUAAAAUUUCUAUGGGGAAAGGUGGUAAAGGAAAAGAGAGAAGGUAUGCCAGUGGUAACAAGAAAUCGAAUCACAAAAAUAAGUAUGAAGAAGAUUGCUUUGAAAAUGGAUCUAUGCCAACAGAAUCUGAUUUACAUGAAGAAGACAAAAGUGGCAUUCCGAUAACAUUGGCCAUGUGGGAUUUAGGACACUGUGAUCCAAAGAAAUGCUCUGGUCGCAAGUUGCAACGUCAUGGUGUGGUAAAGCCUUUACGUCUGAAUCAUCGUUUCAAUGGAGUCGUCCUGAGUCCCGUUGGUAAAAAAUAUGUUUCGAAAGCAGACCGUGAUAUAAUUAUCGAGCAAGGAAGUGCAGUGAUUGAUUGCUCAUGGGCGAAACUUGACUCAACGCCAUUCAGUAAGAUGAAAUGUGGAAACCCAAGGUUGUUGCCACAUCUAUUGGCAGCAAAUCCAGUGAAUUAUGGGAAACCUUUUAAACUUUCUUGUGUAGAGGCGUUCGCAGCUACGCUGUUUAUAGUAGGUUUUAAAGAAUAUGGAGAGCUACUGUUGGAAAGAUUUAAAUGGGGACCAAAUUUCUAUCUGCUGAAUCAGGAGCUGCUUGAGUUGUACAGCUCGUGUGAUACAGAGAAAGAAGUGCGUACAGUUGAAAAACAAUGGUUGGAUAAAUGUGAGGCUGAAUACCAGGUUGUACAAUCCACAGAUAUGACCAACAUUGAUAUGACUUUAGAAGAGGGAUUCAAUCCUAACAGAGCUUCAAAUCUGCUUUUAAGUAAAAGAAGUUUAAGAAGAAAUUUUGAGGAUGGCGAAGAUGAUGAAAGUGACAAUGAGGAGGAGGAGGAGGAUGACAGCGGGUGUAGUGACAGUAAUGUUGACACUUCUGCAGAAGGUAUAUUGACUGAAGACGAAGUAUCAGAAGACGACGAAGAGGAAGAACUAGAUAAAUUCGGAAAUACCAUCCCUAAGUCAAAAAACAGGACCAGAAAGAACCCGGAUAAACUUGAAAACACAGAUUUUGACAAAUUGACAGUGGAAGAAAAACCGUUUGACGUAACGUAAUCGUAAAUUUUUGAAAGUAGAAAAGUAUUUAUAUUUCAUGUAAAAACGUCAAAAUUUUGAA